AUGGCGGUCGUCAACACCGAGGACGACAUGUACCUGACCUACGGCGGCCUCGCGGGCAGCGCCGCGCACAACAGGUACGUGCUGACACACUCCGGCGAGUUCCUGCUCCAGAGCUGGAACAGCACGUCGGCGGCGUGGAUGGAUCUCCGCCGGUGGGCAAGCUGGGCGUGCAACCGCUACGGCCACUGCGGCCCUUACGGUUACUGCGACAACACGGUGGCCGCGCCGACGUGCAGAUGCCUCGACGGCUUCGAGCCGGCAGACCCAGAGGAGUGGAGCGGCGGCAGCUUCUCUCGAGGUUGCCGGCUAGCGGUCGCGCUCCAGUGCGGCGAUGGCUUCUUGGCCUUGCCGGGGAUGAAGUCGCCGGACAACAGCGGAUCAUCCAAGGGGGACGUGACGCGGUGCCUGGUGUGGACGCAGGAGUUGGUUGACACGGAGAAGAUAGGGGAUGAUGGUAUGGUUCAGUGGCGGACCUAG